CUAUUUGUCUGGAAGUGACCGAUAAAAAAGAAAAAAAGGAAAGCGGCCCUGGGUGGGUCACGUGACCCUACCAGCUCCCAACGCAGACCUCUUCUCAUAAGGGCUCAGUGUGGAGCCUCUGAAAUCUGUGCAGGAUUUUCUCUGCAGAGGCAGAAGAAAGCAGGUGGAUGGAUAAGUAAACAUGGCCUUGCUCCUGGUGGCCUUGCUCGCAUUCCUGAGCCUGGGCUCAGGAUGCCAUCAUCGACUCUGUCACUGCUCUAACGGAGUUUUCCUCUGCCAGGAGAGCAAGGUGACAGAGAUUCCCUCCGACCUCCCCAGGGAUGCGGUGGAACUGAGGUUUGUUCUCACCAAGCUUCGAGUCAUCCCAAAAGGAGCCUUUUCAGGAUUUGGAGACCUGGAGAAAAUAGAGAUCUCACAGAAUGAUGUCUUGGAAGUGAUAGAGGCAAACGUGUUCUCCAACCUGCCCAAACUACAUGAAAUAAUUGAAAAGGCCAACAACCUGCUAUACAUCGACCCUGAUGCCUUCCAGAACCUUCCUAACCUCCGAUAUCUGUUAAUAUCCAACACAGGUAUUAAGCACUUGCCAGCUGUUCACAAGAUUCAGUCUCUCCAAAAGGUUUUACUAGAUAUUCAAGAUAAUAUAAACAUCCACACAGUUGAAAGAAAUUCUUUCAUGGGGCUAAGUUUUGAAAGUAUGAUUGUAUGGCUGAGUAAGAAUGGGAUUCAAGAAAUACACAACUGUGCAUUCAAUGGAACCCAACUCGAUGAGCUGAAUCUAAAUGAUAACAGUAAUUUGGAAGAACUACCUAAUGAUGUUUUCCAGGGAGCCUCUGGACCAGUCAUUCUAGAUAUUUCAAGAACCAGGAUCCGUUCCCUGCCUAGCUAUGGCUUAGAAAAUCUUAAGAAGCUGCGGGCCAAGUCAACUUACCGCUUAAAAAAGCUUCCCAGUCUGGAAAAAUUUGUCACACUCGUGGAGGCCAGCCUCACCUACCCCAGCCACUGCUGUGCCUUUGCAAACUGGAGGCGGCAAACCUCUGACCUUCAUCCAAUUUGCAACAAAUCUAUGUUAAGGCAAGAAGUUGAUGACAUGACUCAGGCUAGGGGUCAGAGAGUCUCUUUGGCAGAAGAUGAUGAGCCCAGCUAUGCCAAAGGAUUUGACGUGAUGUACAGUGAAUUUGACUAUGACUUAUGCAAUGAAGUGGUUGAUGUGACUUGCUCCCCUGAGCCAGACGCAUUUAAUCCAUGUGAAGAUAUCAUGGGGGAUGAUAUUCUCAGAGUCUUGAUAUGGUUUAUUAGCAUCCUGGCCAUCACUGGGAACAUCCUAGUGCUGGUGAUCCUGAUCACCAGCCAGUAUAAACUCACAGUCCCCCGGUUCCUCAUGUGCAAUCUGGCCUUUGCCGAUCUCUGCAUUGGAAUCUACCUGCUGCUCAUAGCCUCAGUUGAUGUCCACACCAAAAGCCAGUACCACAACUAUGCCAUCGACUGGCAAACUGGAGCAGGCUGUGAUGCUGCCGGCUUUUUCACUGUCUUUGCCAGUGAGCUCUCAGUCUACACUCUGACCGCCAUCACGCUGGAAAGGUGGCAUACCAUCACCCAUGCCAUGCAGCUCGAAUGCAAAGUGCAGCUCCGCCAUGCUGCCAGUGUCAUGCUGGUGGGCUGGAUCUUUGCUUUUGCAGUUGCCCUCUUUCCCAUCUUUGGCAUCAGCAGCUACAUGAAGGUGAGCAUCUGCCUGCCCAUGGACAUUGACAGCCCCUUGUCACAGCUCUAUGUUAUGUCCCUCCUUGUGCUCAAUGUCCUGGCCUUUGUGGUCAUCUGUGGCUGCUACGCUCACAUCUACCUCACGGUGAGGAACCCCAACAUCACAUCCUCUUCUAGUGACACCAAGAUAGCCAAGCGCAUGGCCAUGCUCAUCUUCACCGACUUCCUCUGCAUGGCACCCAUCUCCUUCUUUGCCAUCUCUGCCUCCCUCAAGGUGCCCCUCAUCACUGUGUCCAAGUCAAAGAUCCUCCUGGUCCUGUUCUACCCCAUCAACUCCUGUGCCAACCCCUUCCUCUAUGCCAUCUUCACCAAGAACUUCCGCAGGGAUUUCUUCAUUCUGCUGAGCAAGUUUGGCUGCUAUGAAGUGCAAGCCCAGACCUAUAGGUCAGAAACCUCAUCCACUGCCCACAACUUUCAUCCAAGGAAUGGUCACUGCCCCCCAGCUCCCAGGGUUACCAGUGGUUCCAAUUACACACUUAUCCCCCUAAGACAUUUAGCCAAGAACUAAAACACAAUGUACAAAUGUUUCUGAGUGUUGAAUGACAGAUAAGU